CUGGAGAGUGUUUUUGUGGAAUCUAUUGGAAGGCUACUACAACUCAGUUUGUUAAACCAUGAUAUUCCCUAUAUUUGCCUUUCUUUAUGAGUUUGCUUUCCUGUGGCUCAUCGUUUGUGUGCAUUCCGCACCUCACUGCCCAUCAUCCCUUUGGAAAACAUGGAAUGACAGAUGUUAUUUGGUAGUUACUACGCCAAUGAGCUGGUUUGCUGCAAGAACAAUCUGUCAACAGAAUGGUGGUGAUCUUGUGGUUGUAAGCUCCGGUAGUGAAAGGGAUUUGAUUGCGACAAGACUUCAGGAUUCAAAGAUAAAUGAUAGCGUUUAUGUCGGCCUACAUAAUAGCCCAGAUUUCAGCAAGUACCGAUGGCUUGGCACUGGAGAAUUUUCAUCAUAUAGAGCCUGGCUACAUCAACCACAAUAUACAUCGGAAAAGUGUGUUAUUCUUCACAUUAAUCUCAACGUGUUUUCCGAAAUUGAAUGCAACACGAAUAAAUCCGCUUUAUGUGAAACAGCACAAUAUGGCCAAUAUUGUAUGACUUCAGACUGGAUGCACUGGAAACAUGGUUGUUAUAUUUCGCUGCCUGAUCCGUCGAAGGCUACAUUCGAUGAAUCGAGAAAGAUUUGCCUAGACAAGGGUGCUGAUGUGGUUGUUAUUGAAACAGAAGAAGAACACGUGAUCAUAAAUGAGUUAGCAACUCCGUUUAAAGAGGAAUAUGACUACACGUACGUUUGGAUUGGACUAGUUAGAAACAUUACUCCCGAAUUUGUUACUGAUUUUGUUUGGGUCAAUGGAAAGCAUCCAACCUGGACAUGUGAAAUUACAUUAAACGCAGCUAUUAAAACCUGUAUCUAA